AUGGCUAUAACAGAUGCACCAACCAACACCGAAUCGUCUGCACCACCGCCUCCCGCCGCUCCUAAACAACCACUAUACGAAUCGUCAACCCAAUUCAAACACUGGCGCUUCUCACCCGAACAGCUUGCCAAGUCACGAAGAGAGCUGAACCAAGCUGCAGUAGAGAGUUUAAAGAAGUUACUGGAAGAAGAGGAGCCAGGAUCGACGUCCAGUAUCCAUUUCUUGACGCCUGAAGAAGAGCGUGCGCUUGUGGUGUAUUAUGCACGCGUGAUUGGGUCAAUGUGUGUCCGGAUUGGGCUGUCCGAAGAGGUCGAAGCAACUGCGACGAGUUAUCUAAAGCGGUUUUAUUUGAAGAAUACGGUGAUGGAUUGGCAUCCUAUGAACGUCACAAUAACAAUACUAUUUCUGGCGACAAAAACAUCAAACAUGCCCAUUUCACUAGACUACUACGUUUCCAAGUUGCCUUCUGGCAAAACCGAGGCUGCCGAUGUGCUCGCGCUCGAGUUUCUGGUUGCCCAGAGUCUGAACUUUGAGUUUUCGGUAUGGCACGCCCAUCGAGCGUUGUGGGGCAUUGUCUUGGAUAUUCAGAGUAUACCUGAAAUCGACCAAGAAUCAACUAAACACACACAUUCCGCCGCUUUACAGCACAUUCGCAACUCGCGCUUGACGGACGCUGAGCUGAUCUACACACCUUCCCAAAUCGCCAUGGCCUGCCUGUAUCUCGCGGACCCUCAGUUAGCCGAAACCUACCUCUCGCAAAAGGGAAGCGGGAACAUGCUGAGCGUCGUUCAAGAGGCCGCGGCGAUGAUUGAACGGGACGGGAAGGGAACGGAUGUAGGUCUCGUGAGGGAGAUUGAUUUUCGGCUCAAGACGUGUAAGAAUCCCGAGAGAGUCAAGGGAAGCAAAGCGUACGAAGCUCGACAGGCAAAAGCCGAUGCGGCCGCGGACAAGAAGCGUGCGCUCAAGGCGACUGCAUCGCUUGAGGCGAGGAUGAGCCAGGAUGAGAUGUUUGGACCUUCGAUUUCUUUGCCUAGCGGGGAUCCGCAGAGCUCACCGUUGCUCCCACUGCGUGUAGUGCGAUCCCGACUGGACUUGGGCGUGGCAGCGAGCAAGGGGAGAAUGACCGAACUGGGACUCACGGGGGAUACUAUAGGAGGUAUUGCCGAAGUUGAUUCGCCGACUAGUGCCCAGUUUGUGGAUGUGCAAGGCAACUUGAAAGACGAAGAGAACGGGGGAGAGGGUGGCGAUAUGGCAGGGCCGCUGUUGGACAAGGUGCCCGAGGUGCGGAUUACGGAAACAAGCUCGCCAUCGCCUCCACCGCCGCGGACAUCGACGCAAACGGACCCACUCCCGCAUUCCCAUGCGUCAUCGUCGAGAGCCUCACUGUUGCCCCCUGCGGCCGCAACAGGCUCGACGCGGAGCCGACGAGCGACAAUGGAUGGCCGAGCGAACCGCCUGUCUGGGUUUUUCUCCCAGCUGCUGACCACACGACGACCGGAACGCGAGCCUCCGAUGCCACGCGAACGCUCCGUGUCUCCCCCGCCAUCGCCUAUGCGUCCCACUCGCCCCGUGACACCGCCACCGCCCCUUGCACCCCCGACACUCUCAGAACUCGGUUUGCAACUGUCGAUUAUCACCUCUAACCUUACUACCGCCCAGUAUGCCAUGGCCCCUACCAGCGGCACCUUUCUCGCGCCCCACUAUCUUCUCCUCUGCCACGGCCAGGGCCUCGAUGUCUUGCCGCUCAAUGCUCCCCCUGCUCCCCAGCCGUAUGCACUCGUGAGGCGAGUGUCGUUCAAGAGUGUGAUCGUCAUGGAAGAGCGGGGUGUGCUUGUUGCGAUUGCUGGACGACGAGACGGCGUGCGUGUGUAUGCACUCGAAGAAGUGCGCCGUGCUGUCGAAUGGCGCCUUGACCUCGAGCUCAAGCGCGAGGCCGAAGCUGCACGUCGCUCGCGGUCCAAAGGCACUCCCGGAGUCACCAUUCCCGCCUCCAACUCGGCCCCAUCUGCACUUCAGCCUUCGAAACCGACAGCCCCUCCCCCGAGCUACUCGGCCAGUGUCGACCAGACCCUUCGUCCGCUCAUCACUCGCGUGUCUACCACCAAUCUGGCAGCUAUGGCAGCCGCGGCAAGCCCCAGGCACCGCGGAGGUUCUCUCUCCAGUAUUGUCGGUCUUGCUCAAAACGGGACUCAAAAAUCAGAGUGGGCAGAGCUUCAGGCGAGCGAUGAAGAGGUCUUAGUUGCCGCUGGCCCCGAAGCCAGUGCUGCCCUGGACGAACGCACCUCGGCUGCGGCUCAGCAGCACCCACAGCAAGCAGCACCUGUUGCAUCCGUUGCCUCUCCUCCACUUCAAAUUGGCGGCACAUCAGCACGUCGCGCAACCGUGGGCGCCGAGAGUGCCACCACUCUAUCCUCCAUGCGCUCAGCCCUCGCUCAUUCAAGAUCCAAUAGCCAACUCUUGCCCCGUGGUCCGACUACCGCUGAGACUGACGCCGAGCCCGAGGUCGGCAUCGACUCGGUAUCCAUGGCCGAGAUGUUACGCGAGAGCAGGAUGCCUCCUCCUCAAGUUCCGGCCAAUACUACACAGCGACGGGCAUCUGUCGUCAUGCUUCAGAGCCAGACUCAUCCUGUUUUCCAACCUGGCGAACUGGAUCCUGUGGGCGAAGACACCGACCCACCUCCGACACCGGGAGACGAUGUCCGACCAAGACGAUGGUCGUUUGUCGCCCCUUCGAGCUCCUCGUUACCUGAACCUAUCGCAUCCCGGCCACCGGCGCAUACCUCCAUCCCAGCAAAUACCACCGUAUCACAACAGCAACAGCAGCCGAUAGACGAGCCAAUACUACCCCAUCGCUCGCGCCUAUACCCCUUCCGGCUGCGUCCUCCCAGUCAGCUAUACCCCCUCCAUCACCUCGACAAGGAUCCCACCGCUCGACCCGGUCCCAGCCCUCACCCAGCCGCGUUUGGGUCCAAAAAGCACCGCUCCAAGUCGCGCGAUCGGGCGGCCUCGGCCCAUGCCGGGACCUCGAGCGGGGCAGGGCCAUCAGGGAACGGCCAUACCGAGGGUGCACCGCCCGAAGGGCCCGCUGCGGCACCCAAAUUGGAGUACAUCAAGCUGCCAGGAACCAAAGGUGCGAUUAUGAUCAAGGCGGUCGAGACGCCCAAGAAAAGUUUCCUAGCCAUUUUGUGCGGCGAAUCGGGCGAAAAGGUCGAAUUGUUUGCGGGGACGUAUCGUACUGCGCUUGGACUCUCGCGCACGUUUAUCUUGCCUGACUCGCCCAAGUCGUUGGAGCUGCAGCUCCAAGGCGAUGAUCUGGUCGAAGUCUUUCUCGUGUUUGCGCAAAACGUGUUUGGACUCGAGCCGGCGACCGUACGCGUGCGCGAAGUCCGAAUCGGGAGAAACGAGCGACGGGCUAUUCGGAGACGGGCGAGAGCCGCGAACGGGGGCAGUCGGACCAUCGAACCCUCUGAGGCAGGGCAAGCGGGAGGAGGAGCAGCAUCACGGGCAGCAGAAACAGUGAUUACGACUACUGUAUCGGUUGGGGAAGAUCAUCAGCCCGCCUCUCCUGCGUCGCGACGAAGUACGUCCCUUGUUCGAAGGCGCCGUGAAGUCCAAGGACGAAUCGUCACCGCCCCCGAUGUUCCUGUUCCCAUCCCACCGGUCCCGCCGGUCCCGCAGCCUACCGAUCCGACGAUGGCAGAAGAGCUCGCGGCACUAUCGUCGAUCCAGUCUGGGCCGUAUACGACGUUCCAGCAGCUAUCUUUGCGCCCCAAUUUCCUCUCGCGGCCAUCGCGGACGACUAUAUCAUCCCGCCUACCUAUCUUGAUUUCUGCAAGUACAGGGAAACACGAGCCGGUGGUUGUCGUCGAAGGGUUGGAAGACGAUCCUGCACACGGGAUACAGAUUGACAUUGAGCCCGAAUCUGAGCAUGAAGAUGAACGUGGGGACGAACAGGCUAUUAUUGAGUCUUCGCCGAUUCCGACUCCAUCGCAUACACCUCCUCCCCCUCCUGUACAACCUGCUCAAGUCCCUGCACCAGCAGUGGUAAAAUGGUACUACCUGGAUCCAAAGGGCGUAGUUCAAGGCCCGUGGAAACCAUCCAUCAUGCAAAACUGGCUCCGGGAAGGCUAUCUCCCGCCCGAACUCCCAGUUCGACGAGCGGACGAGACCGAACCCCGUCCGGUAGUUGUUCCACCCAGUCCAGUCGUGCCUCCUACGCCAACUGUGAUACCUCCUACACCUGUGGAUGAACCUGUAGUUGUCAAGCCCGAGCCAGUCAGAGCGUCCGGGUCCGAAUUGACCGAGGUACCAGAAAAGGUAGAGAGUGGGGAAGAGAGUGGGACGCAUAUCCCAGCAGUUGAAAGGACAAGUACACCUGGUGCCAGCACGUCCUCUGUCGCAGAGCCAAGCGGGUCAAAUACUCCUGUAGAAGCCAACGGGACGAACACUCCAUCCAAAGCGAGCACAUCCCAAAUCCCAGCUGAAGUUAAUACGUCCAAACCCCCAACAGAAUCAAGCCCGUCCCAAACCCCUGCGCAAACCCAACCCAGCUCGUCUACCUCGCAAACAACAUCCAAACCUAAUCCACCCGACCCUUUCAAACCGACAAAAGCCCUGCUCAAACCCCUCUCUCUGCUCGCCCAACCACGACACUUUGGGCCUCCGGCGCUGUUCUACUGUUCUCGUGGCGGACACAGCACAACGAUCGUCGACGCUCGCGGUCGACCGGUGCUCAAGGGCCGGAUCCACUGGUCGUCCAACGACGCGAUGGGGGACACGCAGCGCAUCGAGGCGUUCGAUGUGGGUGAUCGAGCCGUGUUUGUUGCGCUUCGACAGGGAGGGAUCGAGGCGCUGGACGUGGGCGAGGCGCUGUUGGAGCCCGGGGAUGAGUCCAGGACUGCGGUUCCGGCGUACCGUGUAGCUGUGUCGGGCGGGACGAGUCGGCGUGCCCCGUGGGUUUGGAAACUGGGCACCUCGGUUUCUGCUCUUGGGAAUUCUGCGGUCGACACUCCUCAGCCUAGCGCUGCGACUGGGAAUGGGAAUGCAAGCGGUCAUGGGAAUGGGAAUGGAAAGCGUCGUGCGGGCGGAGGAAAGCGACACGCCGAGUCAAACGACGAUAGCAACCCAUUCUCAGACAGUCCGUUCGCGUUCUUGUCUGACGAAGGUGUAAUUUUCCUUGCGCGCCAGGGAGACAGUGUAUACAUGUGUGAACGAAACGCGGGCAAGUUUAGGCUAUUAAAGUUGUCCAAAGCGCCGAGUGUAUAA